AUGACCGAGGAAGUGACGGAACUUGUUGCCCAAAGUGAAUUUCCUAGCGGGCUUUUUCUUGAGGUUGAUGAGAGUAUUAACCCGAUAUUGUUAAUACCCGUACCGAAUGGCCAAGCAUUUCGACAAAAUGUAGAUGACAUUUUGACAUCAUUAAUGGAUGUCAACGUCGUAAGCAUUGGCAUUUACGGAAUGGGGGGAGUAGGCAAGACGACUCUGGCAAGGCGUGUUCAUGAUAAGCUCUUGAAGGAAUCCACAUUCUCGGGUCAUGUUUAUUGGGUCACCGUCUCUCACGAGUUCAACAUUUCCAAAUUGCAAAGUGACAUUGCCGAAUUACUGAAUCUAAAUAUAACAUGCGAGAAUGAUGAGGGCAGAAGGGCAGCUAAACUCUUCCGGGAAUUCCAGAAAAUGGAGAGAUUUGUGCUUAUACUGGAUGAUGUUUGGAAACGAAUUGAUGCAGAGAAGAUAGGCAUUCCUUCUAAAAGGGAUGGAUGCAAGUUGGUCAUAACAAGUCGAUCGGAAGAAGUUUGUCGUAGUAUGUGCUGCAAAAAGAUUAUAAAAGUGAACACACUUUCCGAGCAAGAAGCUUCCGAGCAAUAA